CUUUGGUAACUUCACCAUCAUGCACAAACUGGUACUCUUCGUUGGUGUCUUAGUCUUGGUUUAUAACAGCGAGGCUAAAAGAUUUACAAGAUGUGAACUGGUACGGGAAUUGAGGAGACAAGGGUUCCCUAAGGAUCAAAUUAGAGAUUGGGUAUGUCUUAUCGAAAACGAGAGCAGCAGGUUCACGAACAGAGUGAGCAGGAUGAACUCAAACGGGUCUCGAGACUACGGUCUUUUCCAGAUUAAUGACAAGUACUGGUGCAACAACGGUCCCUCUCCUGGCAAGGACUGCAAUGUUAGAUGCAGCGAUUUGCUGACUGAUGACAUUACUGUGGCGGCGACUUGCGCCAAGAAGAUAUACAACCGCCACAAGUUCCGUGCGUGGUACGGAUGGCUUAAUCACUGUCAACGCACGCUUCCUAACAUCAUGUUCUGCUAGAUAUAUUAUUUUUAACUUUUUUGUAUCAUAUUAUAUUCGAUUCUAGACAUCUCCUUACGACCUACUUGAUCAUCAUUUUUUGAAACAUCCUUUACUAUAUCUUUUUGGUGGUGUGGAAGUGACAAAAGUGUUUUAGGAAAUAUGGUUUUGUUAUUUAUAGCGAUUGCUUUACUUGGUAUUCCGGAGCCUGAGUUCAUUCAUUAUUUUAUCUUGUUUAGGCACAAAACAAAAUUGUAGAAGGAGGACAAAAAAAUUUAUUUUUA